UGCAAGUCUGAGAACACAAAAGAGUCAGGAGGAGGGGAGACAAAAAAGAGAACCGCCUCUGCAUCUCAAAGGCAAACACUCAGGCCCUGAGACCUGUACACAGCUCCCCCCCCCCCGCCCCAGUAAGGACCCCUCACCUGAGCAGCAGGGGGUCAGGAUGGAGAAGACCUGAAGCAUCACCUAAAGGUGCUCUCUUCCCUCUAGAGAGAUUUGUCAUUAUCUACGGCAAGGAAUGAAAUGACGGUCCUGGAUUUUUGGCUGGACCCCUCCCCACCAGUGGCAUUCAGAACAAUGAGAUGCUGAUGGGCUGUGCCUGAGAGGCCUUUGAGCAAUCCUGCUGUGUUUGGACGUGAAUGGUGUUGACUUGAUGGAGUCGCAUCGAGUCAUUGACACGGAUCCAGACUCUGAUAUGGACUCCUUGCUUGAUCUCAGCUUCCUGACCGAGGAGGAGCAGAAUACCAUCGCAGAAGUGCUGCGGAGAGACUCGCAACUUCGGUCGUUGGAGGAGGGACGGAUCAGCAAAUUGCGCCAGUCAGUCUCUGAUCCUAGCUGGCUGAAAAUCUUCUCUGGGGACUGGUUCUGUGAUGUCCGUUCGAAGCGGCACAAUCAUUUCGGCUCGGACCUUGUCCGGGCUUCUAUCCGCAGAAAGAAGAAACCCAAAGCAGGUGAAUGGGGACCAAAGAAACAGGGAAGCAUGGGAGAUCUGGAGCCGAUCAGGGAACCUUCUGCAGAGGAAGAGAAAGAGAACACUUUUAACAUGCAGGAUACUGUAGACAGGCUGCCCAGCAGCGAGGGAACUCCUCCAGUCUCUCAGUCCAAAGAUCCGCAAGAUGCGAUCCAGUCCCUUGAACAGGUGGCGGAGACUCUGCCAGCAGAGAGAAGUGAUUCCUUCAGUAGCCUGAGUUCAGAGACAGAGGAGGAGGAAGGAGAGGGGAGACAGCAGACCAACCCAAGCCCAGGCAUCUUGGUUUCAGUGCAGAGUAAUGGAAACCUGGAAAAUGGCAAAGCAGAUGCUUCGGGUUUAUCCCCUCCGAAGACCAACAUGACGAACCUCCAGAACAAACUGCUCAGCACCAGCUCCUCCAUCUCCAGCCUCAGCUCAUCCACAAUGAGCGGCAGCCUCAUGAGUGUGUUCAGCGAUAACGAAGGGGGGAGCGUGGAUGUCCGGGGCUGCAUCCAGUUCUCCUUAUAUUACGACCCCAAGAAGAAGGAGCUGCACAUUCAAAUCAUCCAGUGCCGAGACCUCGCAGAAGCCAGGAAGCAGCGGACAGACCCGUAUGUCAAAACCUACCUCCUCCCUGACAAAUCCAACCACAGCAAGAGGAAGACAGCUGUCAAGAAGCGGAGCCUGGACCCCAUAUUCAAUGAGACGCUGAAGUACAAGAUCGACAAGGCUGAGCUCCAGGGUCGCAUCUUGAACCUCUCCGUCUGGCAUCAUGACUCCUUAAGCCGAAACCUCUUCUUGGGAGAAGUGGAGACAGAGCUGCAGGCCUGGGACUGGAGCAACACUGGCCCCCAAUGGUUCAACCUCCAGCCCAGGACACCAGUCACUCCUGACUCUCUGGCCAGCCGCGGCAAACUGAAUCUGGCACUGAAGUUCAUCUCAGCUGGCUCGGAAGGGGGAGGGCUUCCUCCCACCGGAGAGCUGCACAUCUGGGUGAAGAAUGCCCAGAACCUCAUUCCCUUCCGGGGCAGUGCUGUGGACUCCUUUGUUCAAUGCUACAUCCUCCCUGAUGACAGCAAAACAAGCCGCCAGAAGACCCGCACUGUAAAGAAGAGCCUCAGCCCGGUCUUCAACCAUACCAUGGUCUAUGAUGGGUUCCAAGCCAAGGACUUAGCCGAGGCCUGUGCUGAGUUCACUGUCUGGGACCAAGACACUUUCUCCAAGCAGCAACUUGGAGGUGUCCGUCUGAGUCUUGCCACAGGCAAGAGCUAUGGACUACCCGUGCCUUGGAUGGAUUCAACCGAGGAGGAGCGAUACAUCUGGGAGACGGUAUUCAAGCAGCCUGGGCAGUGGGUGGAAGCUGGACUUCUUCUGCGGACCAAUUUGAGCCACAGGACUUAAUCCUCCCCCUCCCCUGGUCAGUCUGCAAUGGAACCCUUGCGUUGUGUGUGCGCGAUGGAUACACUCCCUAAGAUCUCUAGCAGCUCACUGCAGCACAGAGCCCUCCCAGGGUACCCAGCUGCAUACAGCAGUGCUGCUCCCCCAUGUUUAAAGGCCCCUGCUCUUCCAGACUCUGACGGAGGCUGUUCCUGUCGGCCUGAUGUUGGGAUAAGUUGAAAAACAAACACACGUUCCCUCUUACGUUAGCCACAGGAUGCUAGGGCUGCCUUCGGUUUCUUUUCCCUCCCUGAUUUGUCAACCCAGACAAAUAUCACUUCCUCUUUUUUAUUAACUUCCUCGUUCCUGCACACCUCCGUCCGUGGUGGCGGCCUGUUGAGAAACCAAACCCUCUGCUUGUUUGGUCAUCUGUCCUUGCUUCCUUUCUGCUAGUCAGGUUAGGCCCCCAAACAGGUCCUCUCUUUCUACGGUUGUAUUUUUUCUUCUUUCUACUGCUGUACUGCUGCUGCUGAGCAAGGUCCCUAAGCCAAGGCUUGUAGGCAGCGAGGAGCAUUUGCUGCUUAGCCUGGGGCUGCCUGCUUGUAAUACUGCAGCCUGGUUCAGAAUCCCUUUGCCUUCUUGAAAAUCCAGGCCUGUGGAAGAAACACCCUCUGCCCUCUUUCUCUCAUCUGAGUCCAAGAAAGAGCUGCGGAAGUUGGCAGAGAUGCUUCCAUGGAAACAGGCUCCAUACGCGGUUUUCUUUAGGCCUUAUUUGCAGGAGGGGGCCUGGAGGAGGCGCUGCCACUUUUCCUGACCAAAGGGCAGGUGAGAUUUAAGCAGCUAGCUCUCAUUGAAGCAAGGUGGGAGUUGAGGAAUCUGCCAUCGAGCUUUCUUACGGUUUCACAAGAAUAUAGUCUACCGAUGAUGGGGUCCGUACAGCUGAAGGCAUUCUGUCAGCCGUGCCCUCUCACUCUGCUCCGGACUGCUGGCCAAGUGCUUGCCGAUAUUCUGUGAUGGCUCUCCAGAUACAGCACACCAUUCCGCCUCUGCCAGAAGAAGAGAAAAAUCAGGAGAAAAAUCAGGCGCAUGAAACCUCUUGCUGGUUAGGCUGAUGUGACUUGCAAUGCCUUGGAAUCUGGCACAGACACAGUUAAGGGAGUGACGGGCACAGAAGCUCUCUGGACCUGUCUUCCAAAAUGUGACCAGAACCAGGUGGAUGGCCCUGGAAACAAUACAGCUGCCCCAAAGAAGAGCUGCUGUCACCAAUGAAGUGUCCUCAUCUAUCAAGUGCUACCUCUUAAGCAACUUCCAUGAUUUGGUUUUUUUCCUCCCAAAUUCAAGAGGCAGCACCUGGCUUCUGUAGGAUGGGGAGACUUGAGUCACAGGCUACGAGCCUACCUUCUAAGGGAACUGCACCUCUGUUUCACAACUAAAAUAAACUGUAGGUUGCUUAUCGUG